CAAAACUCAGAAAGCCACCCAAGAUGAUAGGUCUUUCCCAGAGAUGCGAUGUCCCAUGGAAAGGAGCUUACCUUUGAAGAGAGUGACUGGUUUAUUGUGAACUUUCUGCACCUGCUUCAGCAGUACAGGUUCAACUUACUGCUGAUGCAAAUGUGGGUGGACAGUGUUCCGGACAAGUUCAUGAGAAUCUACCAGCAGUUCAGCUACUCCUUCACCAGUGUGGAGAAGCUCCUGCAUGCAAUGGGUGGUGACGGUUUCCUCACACUAGCCAAUCAGAUCCUGGAGGCGGCCAUGUUGGGGGAGGACAUUUCUCAGAGCUUCCUCAACGACGUCGUGGCACCUGUGAAUUAUGGCCAAAGUGUCCGCACCAGUGUUUUUUCAGGGUGCGUUUUUAACAAAAGACUUAAGUUCGAUAAGUGGUUUCGAGUGCUCUUAUGUGGCCAUCCAAUGAAAACUAGUGACAGGAAGUUCGGCCCUUUUUACUGACUCAGGUUCUUUCAAAUUGUUGAGUCAAAAGAACGACUCAUUUAGUUCAUUUGAUUCAGUAUUGCCCAGAACACGCAGGACCCUCCUGAAACAAUAAUGAUUCUACAAAUCAAAUCAAAUCAAAUUUAUUUGUCACAUACACAUGGUUAGCAGAUGUUAAUGCGAGUGUAGCGAAAUGCUUGUGCUUCUAGUUCCGACAAUGCAGUAAUAACCAACAAGUAAUCUAACUAACAAUUCCUAAUCUACUGUCUUAUACACAGUGUAAGGGGAUAAAGAAUAUGUACAUAAGGAUAUGAG